AUGUUUGUUUUUGGGUAUUUGUGUGUAGAUACUGGUGUGAUGAGUGGAGCUAUGGUGUUUAUAGAAGAGGAUUUGAAGACAAACGAUGUACAGAUUGAAGUUCUCACCGGAAUUCUCAACCUGUGUGCCCUUUUCGGAUCAUUGCUCGCCGGAAGAACAUCGGACAUUAUCGGACGGCGUUACACAAUCGUCUUGGCCUCAAUACUCUUCAUGUUGGGUUCAAUACUGAUGGGUUGGGGUCCGAGUUACCCGGUUCUCCUCACCGGUAGAUGCACUGCCGGAGUCGGAGUGGGUUUUGCUCUAAUGGUUGCUCCGGUUUACUCGGCCGAGAUUGCGACCGCUUCCCAUAGAGGACUCUUAGCUUCUCUUCCUCACCUUUGUAUCAGUAUAGGGAUCUUAACCGGUUAUCUCGUUAAUUACUUCUUUUCCAAGUUACCGUUGCAUAUCGGUUGGAGGCUAAUGCUCGGUAUAGCCGCGGUUCCGUCGCUGGUUCUAGCGUUCGGGAUUUUGAAAAUGCCGGAGUCUCCACGGUGGUUGAUUCUACAAGGACGUCUCGGAGAAGGCAAGAGGAUAUUGGAUUUGGUAUCGAAUUCACCUGAAGAAUCUGAAAUACGGUUUCAAGACAUCAAAAUCGCUGCGGGAAUCGACGCGAAAUGCAAUGAUGAAGUUGUGAAAAUGGUGAACAAGAAGACUCACGGUGAAGGCGUUUGGAAAGAACUCAUUCUACGGCCGACUCCUGCAGUGCGACGGGUUCUUUUAACCGCUCUAGGGAUCCAUUUUUUCCAACACGCGACCGGAAUCGAAGCCGUGCUGUUAUACGGUCCGAAGAUCUUCAAGAGAGCAGGAAUCACGGCGAAAGACAAGCUUUUCUUGGUUACAAUCGGUGUUGGGAUCAUGAAAACGACGUUUAUUUUCACGGCGACUUUCUUGCUCGACAAGGUAGGUCGGAGGAAGCUUUUGUUGACCAGCGUUGGAGGGAUGGUCUGCGCGUUGACAAUGUUGGGUUUUGGGCUUACGAUGGCUCAGAACUCUGGCGGGAAACUGGCUUGGGCUUUGGUUCUGAGCAUUGUUUCGGCUUAUAGUUUCGUUGCCGUUUUCUCCAUUGGGCUCGGCCCAAUAACGUGGGUCUACAGCUCUGAGGUCUUCCCGUUGAAGCUUAGGGCACAAGGAGCGAGUCUCGGCGUCGCGGUGAACAGAGUGAUGAACGCCACCGUGUCGAUGUCGUUUUUGUCGUUGACUAAGGCCAUAACUACCGGCGGAGCUUUCUUUAUGUUCGCCGGAGUCGCGGCGGUGGCGUGGAAUUUCUUCUUCUUCCUAUUGCCGGAGACGAAAGGAAAGUCGCUUGAAGAGAUCGAAGCGCUUUUCCAAAGAGACGGUGAUGAUAAAGUGCGCGGCGAAAACGCGACAGCGUAA